AUGUAUGGUUGCAGCCCCUUGCCGACUUGCGCCCAACCUGCUGACGCCGGCUGCCCUAGGUUCGAGAAAUCACUAUACGACCUUAUUCGAGGUCUGCGCAAUCACAAGGGCAGUGAGAAAGAGUAUAUCCAGAGCUGCCUCAAGGAAUGUCGCUCAGAGAUACGCAGCCAGGACAUGGACGUCAAGGCGACGGCUCUGCUAAAGCUGUGCUAUCUCGAGAUGCUGGGCCAUGACAUGUCAUGGGCCUCGUUUCACGUACUUGAGGUCAUGGCUUCACAAAGAUACCAUCAAAAGCGCGUUGGCUAUUUGGCUGCCGUCCAAAGCUUCCGGUCUGACACCGACGUGCUCAUGAUGGCCACCAACCUGUUGAAGAAGGAUUUGGCUGCCUCAUUGCCCAUCAUUAUGUCGCUCCCCAUCGGCGCCCUCCCCCAUAUCGUCACCCCUUCCCUCUCGAUGUCCCUUCUGGGUGAUCUGCUCCCGCGCCUGACCCAUUCCCACUCUGCUAUCCGCAAGAAGACAGUUGUGACUUUAUACCGGUUAGCUCUGGUAUACCCGGAAGCGCUACGUGCAGCCUGGCCGAAGAUUAAGGAGCGCCUGAUGGACCCCGAUGAAGACCCCAGUGUGACAGCAGCCAUCGUGAAUGUGUUUGCGACAUUAACACCCCUUGAACCACGCCUGGUGCGGAAACUGCUACCUCCUUUGACGAACCUCAUCCGGACUACCCCAGCUAUGUCCCUUCUCUAUGAAUGCAUUAAUGGUAUUAUCCAAGGAGGCAUUCUUGGUGAUGCUUCAGAUUUCUCAGCAAGGGAAGAAAUCGCUUCUCUGUUAAAAUACGUUGCAUUGCUGGCAUUCAACAAGAUUGUUGCUACACAUCCGUUCCUCGUUGCCGAGCAGGAGGAUGUCAUCCUUGAAUGUAUCGACAGUGAAGACAUCACCAUCAGGAUCAAGGCCCUUGAUCUAGUGCAGGGGAUGGUCAGCAGCGACAACCUAAUCUCCAUUGUUGGUCGUCUGAUGCGGCAGCUGAAGGCUGCUUCGCCAUCGGCCGAACUCAACAGCUUAGAUGAUAGUGAGCAAGACUCGAGCGACGAAGCUAACGUGGAUCCUAAGCGGCGUAGCAAACCUCAGGAGCCGCUCAUCCCUCUUCCAGAAGACUACACUAUCGAUGUCAUUGGGCGCAUCCUCAAAAUGUGCUCGCAAAACAACUACGCUAAUAUUGUUGACUUUGACUGGUACAUCGACGUCCUGACCCAGCUGGUCCGGAUAGCGCCUACUCCGCCGCCUCAGGAGGUCGAGUCGGACUCAGCGACAUCAAUCUCGAAGCUCGCGGCCGAGAUUUCUGAGCGGAUCGGUAAUGAGCUUAGAAACGUGGCUGUCAAGGUCAAGGCAGUCCGUCCAGCUGCCGUCCGGGCCGCUGAGCUCAUUAUAUCACGGUUGACCAUUGAGACUUCGAUCACUCGUCCAGCUCUAAACGGUGCGCUUAAGCCCGUAGCAUGGGUCGUCGGGGAGUAUGCAUCUUUGUUGGCGUCAGCCGACGAUGCACUUAGGAACCUGCAAGAUCUUCUCCCCCGGAUCCGGGAUCCAGAGAUCUUGGCAACUUGUUUGCAGGCGGUGUUAAAGCUAUUUGCCUAUGUCGCUGGGAACGACCAGAUCCCGUGGACGCCAGAGCGAAAGUCGAUGGUGUCCUUACUAAUGGCGCGGGUCAUACACGUGAUCGAGAAGUUCGUGUCGCAUCCAUAUCUCGAGGUCCAAGAGCGCGCGGUUGAAUUUGUUGAAUUACUCAAGUUGACUGCAGAGGCAGCUGCCGGUCAAACGCCGUCGACAGCCGAGCUGCAUCAGGACCCUCCUCUUCUGCUCACACAAGCCAUCCCUUCUCUAUUUGCAGGCUGGGAGCUGAAUUCUGUCGCUCAGGGGGCACAAUAUAACGUGCCAAUCCCAGACGGGCUUGAUCUCGACGAGCCAAUUCAUCCUGAUUUGCCGCGCCUGCUCGCCCAGGCAGAUUCAUUGUCGCUUCCUGACCAGAGCGAAGACGAGUUUGCGGCGUACUAUCACCAGAAACCGCCCAUCACAAGCAUAUCCAGCACUGAGCCAGCCAUCAACAAGCUGGGCGAGGCGCCCGAAUACACCGGUUCAUACCAGCAGCAUGCGGCAGAAGAGAGCUACCUCGAUCCAGACACUAUCGCGCGACGCAAGGCUGAACGCAUGGAGCGGUACCGCGACGAUCCAUUCUACAUCCCUCCAGAGCCGAUACGGUCGUCGACUCCGAUACACAACAUCUUACAGAAGGAAAAUGGGCCAGAUUUGGACAUCGACUCCAUCCCCAUCAUGCAACUCGACCUCGGACCUACAGGAACCCCAUCAUCUACACCCAAGCCAAUUGCCGCCAAACCCAAACCCCGCCAACGCAUUGUCGUCGCCGCCGACGAGACUCUCUCUACCUCACUCCCCAACCGCGCCAGCGGCACCUCCACACCGCGCAGCUACGACUCCGAUCCCACGCUCUCCAGACCUUCUACCGCGGCUACUCGCAAAGCCAAGCAGCAAUCCCUCCUCCAAGUGGACUCCAGUCACCUCGAAUCCCUCAGCUUGGACGCCUCCGAGAGUGCAGCCGCGCUGGAGAGACAGCAGCGCGAGGAAGCUGAGAUGCAGCAGGCCUUGCGGGAGGUGCAGAGGCUCAGGCUGGAAAUGCAGAGGGCGAAUGAGAGGAUCAUGGUUGCGCAGGCAAAGGGGGUUACGGCGGAGGGGGUUGUGGUUGCUAGCAAGCCGAAGAAGAAAAAGAAGGACGACAAGGAGAAAAGGGUGAAGGUAGGAGAGAGUGAGGGAGUUGAAGGGAAGGUUAAGAAGAAGAAAAAGAAGAAGGCUGUGGAGAGUCAAAAGGCUGAGGGGUCAGGGACUGGGAGUGGGACUGGGAGUGGGACUGGGACGGGAGAAGGGGCCAGUGAGCCAGCUGCUGUGGGAGUUGUGAAGAAGAAGAGGAGUGGGAAGGCGAAGAGAUUGGUGCAAUUGGAUGAUAGGGAAGAGGCUGGUGGUUCACAAUGA